GACUACAUAGCAAUCACGCCUGAAAAGAAGGAAGAAAGACCGCAGGCACAAAAACGAAGAACCGUAGUGAAAGUGGGAAAGCGAGCCAUGAUUCCACCGUAUAGCGUCAAAAUUACACAAACCUUGUCUAUACCUGUCCACAAGCAUGACGAGACUUCGUUAGUGCUGCGAAAGAGUGACGAACUUGGCGAAGGAACAAAUAGCCAAAAUAGGAAGGGAAGCGAGGUCGACACCAAACUGCAAGAAAUUCUGGAAAGGUAUAGCGAUACGUUUGCAGUAUGCGAUAAGGAACUGAGGCAAACCGACCUAGCCAGAAUGAAAAUAGAGACAGGCGAUCACGAACCGAUAAAGUUGAAGACACGACCAGACCCAUUAGGAAUUCGUGCAAAAUUACGAGAAAUAUUGAAGGAUUUGGAAAAAAGAAGAGUGAUAUAA